UUGAUCGCAUUUAGUCGAAAGCUGCUAGGAAAAUGGCUUUUCGGUAAAAUGAUGAAAUCAACGUUUUAUGGUCAUUUUGUUGCCGGAGAGGACAAUGUCUCAAUAAAACCAGUUGUUGGUCGAAUUCGUAAAUAUGGGGUUAAGUCGAUCCUGGAUUAUAGUGUUGAAAGAGAUAUCGACGAAUCAGAGGCAGUAAACAAAGUCAAGAAAGGUCUUGCUGAAGUUGUUUGUGAACCAAAUGUUCGACCGGAUGCAGCUACCAAAAAGUAUCAGACAAGUCUUCAGUUUGCUGAUCGAUCGAAGCAGGUUGUUGGAGCACGAACUUACUUCUAUGAGUCCGAAUACCAAUGUGACAAAAAUAUGGAAACGUUUUUGCAGUGUAUUGAUUCCGUAUCCCAUUCUACAGAGAAAGAAGGGUUUGCCGCUAUCAAGGUGACUGCACUGGGCCGCCCGCAGUUGUUGUUAGAUCAUGCACUAGCUCUGCUACGCUUCGCUCUUCGACACAAUGGUUAUCGGCAGAAGUUACCUCCUCAAUUAGCUCACCAUCGUCUGCGCGAUCCAGCUGUCUGCGCACGUUAUGAGGAGAAGCUGGCACAGGAGCUAGGAGAACCGCGACAUACUGGAGUAGACCAACAGUGUAACCAGAUUGGAUUUGCGAUGCACUCAGCUGCAAACUUUGCUAGUAGGAUUGAGCCCGAAGUUCCCCAAAGGCAUUGGAUCUCUCAGGAGUCAGUAAUCCUAACAGAUCCCAAUCUGAAAGGAUCGUCAUAA